GCCGGGGAGGGGACACCCCCACCCCCCGGUGCUGCCCCUCCCCCGGGGGCCCCAUUUAGGGGCCGGCGGGCAGCGGGUGCCAGUCUGCGGGUGCCACCGGCCCAGGGGCCACCUCACCGCCCUCCCACCCAUCUUUGCCCGAUUUUCCUCUUUUUUCCAGCCGAGAAGAUGGCACAGCCGCUGCGGGGCCAGGGCCACGCCGAGAACCUGGGCGCCGGCAAAGCCAUCGCCGUCCUCACCUCCGGGGGGGACGCCCAGGGCAUGAACGCGGCCGUCCGUGCCGUGGUGCGGGUGGGCAUCUACACCGGCGCCAGGGUCUACUUUGUGCAUGAGGGGUACCAGGGGCUGGUGGACGGUGGGGACAACAUCAAAGAGGCCACGUGGGAGAGCGUCUCCAUGAUGCUGCAGCUGGGGGGCACGGUCAUCGGCAGCGCCCGGUGCCAGGAUUUUCGGACGCGCGAGGGACGCCUGAAAGCCGCCCGGAACCUGGUGAAACGCAGCAUCACCAACCUCUGCGUCAUCGGCGGCGACGGCAGCCUCACCGGCGCCGACACCUUCCGAGCCGAGUGGAGCAGCCUCUUGGGCGAGCUGGUCAAAGUGGGGGGGAUCACGGCGGAGGAGGCCAAGAAGUCGAGCUACCUGAACAUCGUGGGCAUGGUGGGCUCCAUCGACAACGACUUCUGCGGCACCGACAUGACCAUCGGCACCGACUCGGCGCUGCACCGCAUCAUGGAGAUCGUGGACGCCAUCACCACCACGGCGCAGAGCCACCAACGGACCUUCGUGCUGGAAGUGAUGGGUCGCCACUGCGGCUACCUGGCGCUCAUCACCGCCCUGGCCUGCGGCGCCGACUGGGUGUUCAUCCCCGAGUCCCCCCCCGAAGACGACUGGGAGGAUCACUUGUGCCGGAGGCUGACGGAGACCCGUGUGGGCGGCUCGAGGCUGAACAUCAUCAUCGUGGCCGAGGGCGCCAUCGACAAGCACGGCAAGGCCAUCACCUCCGAUGACAUCAAAGCCCUGGUGGUGAAACGUUUGGGAUACGACACCCGAGUCACCAUCCUGGGCCACGUCCAGCGCGGCGGGACGCCCUCCGCCUUCGACCGCAUCCUGGGCAGCCGGAUGGGUGUUGAAGCCGUCAUGGCCCUGCUGGAGGGGACCCCCGACACCCCCGCCUGCGUCGUCAGCCUCUCGGGCAACCAAGCCGUGCGCCUGCCCCUCAUGGAGUGCGUCCAGGUGGUGAGUAAGGGGGGGGGGGACGGGACAGCACCCCCAGGAGCACCCCCUGGGCUUCCCCCCUCCCCCGCCCCAUGUAAAGCAAACCCGCCCGGCGCGGUGCAAAGUCCCGGCAGUGAUGCAAGCCCAGCCGGACCCGUCCAAUGCGAUGCAAACCUGGCCAGCACGUUGCAAACCUGA